AUGGCAACCGGGACCGGCAUGGACUCCACUUUCACCGAUCGUAGCACCACCGCCAUUCCGCUCCUCGUGCUCCUGAUGACGACCAUCUUCUUGGACGCACCACCGGUCGCCGGCGAGCCACCCAGCGAAGUGCCAUUUGCGUGCAAGGGUGCCGCCGCCGCCAGCGGCGGCACAUUCACCGAGGCCUUCUGUCUGUCGACGCUUCAUGGCAGCAAAAGCACCGUCGGCGCCGCGGACUACGCGGACCUGGCUCUCGUCGCGGUGGACCUCGCCACGGCCAACGCCACGGCCACCGAGGCCAUGAUCGACGCCCUUCUUGCUGCCGGCACUAAUGGCGCCACGCCCGAGGGGUUGGGGCUGCAGUCGUGCCGGGCGCUGUACGGCGCGGUGGUGCGGCAGUACCAGCCGGAGUGCCGCGCCGCCGUGAAGGACGGCAGGUACGGCGACGGAAAGGCGUGCCUGGGCAGGACGGCGCAGGAGGCCGCGGCGUGCGAGCGGUGGUUCCAGCAGCGGAAGGUGGCGUCGCCGGUGGCACGGGAGGAUGACGCCCUCGCCAAGCUCGCCAGCCUCGCCAUCGCCCUGGCUUCCAUCGCCUGA